ACUGAAAAGCAUCAGAAGAGAAACAAAAGAUGAUCUCCCUGGCCGUGUUCUCUCUCGUCCUGGUUGGAGCGAGUACUCAAAUCAUCCAGCCUGGUCCCUGCCCCCCUCUGACCGUCCAACAGAACUUCGACCUUCCUGCUUAUCUGGACAGAUGGUAUCAACAGAAGAAGUACUUCAACUACUUUGAGGAAAAUGGCAUCUGCAACACUGCCACCUACACCCUCAACCCCAACGAAACUGUUGCCGUCAGGAACUAUCUUUUCAACACUGUGACCCAAGAGCCUGACACCAUUUUGGGAUAUGCCACGGUCGGCAGCGACUCUGGAGAAGCCAAGUUGCUCGUCAGCUUCCCAUCUGUCGGAAACUACGAUUCGCCCUACUGGGUUUUGGAAACUGACUAUACAAGGUUCUCCGUUGUCUGGUCUUGUUCUGAAUUCGCCACUGAAAAUCUUCAGUUCGCUUGGGUUCUCACCCGCGAAAGGUUCCCUGAUGACGCGACCCUGGCUGAGAUUGAACGCGUGAUUGCCGACAACCAACUUGCGGAUCGGUGGGAGAUAACCCCCAAUGACAACUGCCCAGAAGAUCCUUAAACAUGUGAUAUUUUUCCUGCGAAUGUCUUAACUGUAAAUCAUUAAAAUUUUGCAAAAAACAGAA